GAAAAUGAAAUCCAGAAGAAUGUCAGAUCAUCUAGAGAGAACAGCAAACAAUUUUCGUCAGGAGAUUAUUUCGAAAGCCAAAGUAUGUGGAAUCACCGAUGAAUCGGCAAGAGUAAAAAGACUCCGAUUGGCAGUAGCGGAUAAAGACUUUACUUUUAAGGCAGGACAAUGGGUAGACUUCUUCAUACCUGGGGUUGCUGUAGUUGGUGGAUUUUCAAUAUGUUCAAGUCCUGGUCUGUUGGAAAAAGAGGGAGUACUGGAACUCGCAAUAAAACAUACAACACACCCUCCUGCUCAUUGGGUUCAUACUCAGUGCACUCUUGAUUCUGAAGUGGCUUUAAGAGUGGGAGGCAACUUCUACUUUGAUCCGCAGCCUGCUGACCCUCCUGCAAACCUGGUGCUCAUAGCAGGUGGAGUGGGAAUUAACCCUUUGUUCUCCAUACUGCUUCACGCCGCAGACCUUCAUAGAGCUCAGGAGAACAAAAGAACAGCAUACAAAAUGGGAAUGACAUAUCUGUUCUACUGUGCAAAAAGCACAGAUGAGCUGCUAUUUAGGAAACAUAUCCUUGAUUUGACAUCUGCAUUUCCUGGAAAGAUUUCUUGCAAUUUCCAUGUUACUCAGCAAAGUUCACCCAUCUGUGAGAAACUUCAGCCUUACAUCAAGGAAGGAAGAUUGUGUGGAAAUGAUCUAGAAAAAUGCAUCUCCAAGGAUAAUUUGUGGUAUAUCUGCGGUCCACCCCCAAUGAUAGAAUUCAUCUCUGAACUGCUGGAAAAUCUUGGUGUGGCUCAAAAGAAUAUUUUCUUUGAGAAAUGGUGGUAGCAUAUGGCAGCAGUUCUUCAGCAGAAAACUGAAAUGAAGAUAAUGGAAGAUCGAGAUAACUAUACGUAGAUGAACGAUGAGACUUUACAGAAAGUAAAAACUGUUAUUUGCCAAAAUGUGAUCAUUCUGUAUUAAAUAAUGUAACUUAUUUUUAAAUUUUAAUUUAAUUCUUGAUUAAAGUAUAUUAUGUAAAC